CUUGUAUAUAUUUUUUCACCCAUUUUUAAUAUUUCCAAUAUUAUUUUCUAAAUGAUUGUGUGACAUUAUUUUCUUAGUGCAAGGAAGUCAAUUGAAAGUAGGUGUAAACGCUGAUUUAUUCAUUCAUACCCAUUAUUCCACUAUUGCUAUUCUAGAAGCACUCAAACCAUAUAACAAGUUUCUCCGGUUUUCUUUAGUAACCUACGGUCAUGGCUAGUUCCAAAGGGGGUUCAUUGCAGGAAGGAGAGAGUUCUAAUGACUAUAGGCAAAAGAAGAUGGGUAUUGUGGGAGCAGGAUUGAGUGGGAUUCUAGUAACUAAAUAUUUACUCAGUAUAGGCCUGAAACCCAUUGUCUUUGAAGCCAAAGAAGGAAUAGGGGGAGUGUGGAGAGAAACAUUUGCAUCAACAAAACUGCAAACCCCUCGUCCUGCCUACCAAUUCACCGAUUUUCUAUGGCCAAGCCAUGUGACCACCCUUUUACCCAAUCACUCCCAGGUUAUGGAUUACUUUAAUAGUUAUGCAAACCAAUUUGGGCUGCUGGAUUGCAUUCAGUUCAAUACCAAAGUGGUGGAAAUUCGAUAUAGUGGGAAAGAAAGCGGUGCAUCUGCUGGAUUUGUUGAUAAGUCAGAGAGGAUAGGUCAGGUUCAAAAUUCUACAGGAUUGUGGGGUAAGAAUGGAGGCGCUUAUGAUGACGGAGAGGUUUGGGAUGUUGGUGUGCACAAUUGCAAUGGAGAAAUCAUCGAGUGGUAUCAUUUUGAUUUCUUGAUCUUAUGCAUUGGUAAAUAUGGGGGUCUGCCAAAAAUUCCUUUGUUUCCUCCAAAGAAAGGAUCAGAAGUAUUUCAGGGAAAAGUUUUGCAUACAAUGGACUACUCUGCUUUAAAUGAAAAAGAUGCUUAUGAAAAUAUCAAAGGAAAAAGAAUUGUGAUUAUUGGAUAUCAGAAAUCAGCAAUAGAUUUUGCUGUAGAAUGUGCUGAGGCAAAUCAAGGAGAAAAUUGCCCUCCUUGUACAAUGGUCUUUAGAAAACCUUACUGGUUUGUUCCUGAGGAUUAUUUGAUUUCGGGAGUGCACUUAGCAUAUUUGUAUGGCACACGCUUCUCACAAUUUUUACUUGGUAAACCGGCACAGGGUUUUCUGUUGAACUCAAUAUCAUGCAUACUCGCUCCAUUGAGAUGGUCAAUGUCCAAAUUUGUAGAGCUUUCCUUGCUCUGGAAAUAUCCAUUGAGAAAGUAUGGGCUUGUUCCAGAUGCGAGUUUUCUGCAGUCAAUAGCUUCCUGCAACACUGGAUCAUUCCCAAAUAAUUUUUUUCCAAAAGUAGAAGAAGGUCUCAUACGUUUUCGAAAAUCAUGUAGUUGGAGUUUUUAUAGUAAGGGCAUUGUGUUAGAUGACGGAACAAAUGUGGAAGCUGAUGUUGUUGUUUUGGGUACUGGUUAUGAUGGAAACGAGAAAUUAAAGACUUUCCUUCCAACAAAAUUUGGAGAUGCUUUUGACAAAUCAGGUGCUGCACUCUCUUUGUACAGGGGGCUCAUUCAUCCGCGCAUUCCUCAAAUGGCAAUUCUUGGCUACUCAGAGAGUUCAUCAAAUUUGCAGUCUUCAGAAAUACGUUCCCAGUGGUUGGCCCAUUUUCUGUCUAACAAAAUAGUGAUGCCAAGUGUUAGGGAAAUGGAGGUAAAUACAAAAGAGCUUCAAAAAUAUCUAAAGAGACUCACACCCAUGUUUUGGAAAGCUUGUAUUUUUCAAAUUACUGAUAAUGACAAUCUUUGUAAAGACAUGGGAAGAAACCAAAUGCGAAAAGGGAAUUGGUAUGAUGAUUUUUUCUCUCCAUAUUCUAACAUGGAUUAUGGAAUGGAUAAUUAAAAGUUCCUAUUUUUGAUGAAGAGCAUGGGCCCUCUUCUGUCUUGACCGAUAUCAAAAGAUCCAUAAUAUAAGCAUUAGUAAAGCACUAGGUGUGAUACAUCAAUAUAACGUGUAUAAACAGAUGUUCCUUUCUGUGGGGUGAGGAGGGCUAGCUAGAUCAUGAGGAAUAGAUGCAGACAUCUUUUGUGAAAGUUAAAUUGGGAGGGUUAUUGGAUCCCUUUUCCUCAUGGAGUUUUGAAAAUUAAUAUUGAUGGUGUGAUAGCUGUGGAGAUGAUCAGUUUAUUUUUUAUUGUUUUGAUUUAUAAGGGUUUUUAUAUCAAUAAUCUCAUGGAGUCUCUCGCCAUUUUGUAUGUUGUGGAGCGUUGUUGUGUUCUUGGCUGGCAAAGGAUUCUUUGUGAAUCUGAUUCUUAUGUGGUGGCGACUUUGCCGAAUGAGCAAUGGCUAGAUGAUGUCAGUUGGCAUUUAGCUUUGAUUAUUAGAUAGAUUCUUUGGUUGUGUGGCACUUUGGAAUUUGUUACUUUUAUUCACAUUCCUAGGGAGUGGAAUGGAGUAGCAGAUUGUUUGGCCAAAUGGGACUUCUGAACAUAUGCAGGGUUGAAAUAUUGUGGAUAGGGGACAAUUAUCUCUAGAAUUGUCUCACAUGUUCGAUCACUUAGUGGAUAAAGAUAGGAUUGUGUAGUGAUUUCUUCUUUGUUGGGCGGUUAGCCCUUCUUGCUUUGUAUCUCUUAUUUAUGUAGAUUAAAUUUUUUACCCCUAUUUUAGUAAAAUAUUUUGUGUAUUAAGAA